AUGAUGGUGCAAGCUGUUACUGUAGUGCUUCACACACAGAGAACUGUUUUUCCACAGAUGAACAUGAUCUGGUGCAUAUCCAGGCAGUUUCACAUGCUCUACAGCCAAUAUAACACUUUACUACAAAAUUUAUUAAAAGAUGAAACCAAAACUGUCAGUAAUGAUAGUGAACCAGUUGAUGCUGGAGAUGAUCAAUCUAAGGAUUCUUUAUCAACACCAACACAAGUUGCUGAAGGUGCACAUGAUUCAUCAAUUUGUAACAACCCUGUGAUAGCUGCUAAUACUAACUCUUCCAGUUGCAAAGAUGGUGAUGAUGAUCCACCAGAAGAACAAACGACAUGGCCAAAGAAAACAAUCAUGGUGGCAGAAGCAGCCAACGUGCCUUUGCCCGACGAUGAUGAUGAAAAAGAGACAGAAGAUUAUGAGGAUAAACCAGGUAUCUGUUUAAUGUCAGCAUUGUUAAAAAGCUUUAUAUAA